AUGGGCAACGCGGAUUACGUGUACCCGUCAACCUCCGACGAGGCGGCGGCGGCGGCUGGGGAGUGCAAUAAUGAUAAUAAUAACUCCUCCUCCCACUCCCACAAGGUGGCGAUUCCGCCGCCGCAGCCGUUCGUGAAGUCCCUCAAGUACAACCUGAAGGAGACCUUCUUCCCCGACGACCCGCUCCGCCAGUUCAAGAACCAGAGCCCGCCCCGGAAGCUCCUCCUGGGCUUGCAGUACUUCUUCCCCAUCCUCGAGUGGGGCCCGCGCUACAGCUUGGAGUUCUUCAAGGCUGACCUCAUCUCCGGCGUCACCAUCGCCAGCUUGGCCAUCCCGCAGGGCAUCAGCUACGCCAAGCUCGCCAACCUUCCCCCCAUCCUCGGCCUCUAUUCAAGUUUCGUUCCGGCGCUGGUGUACGCAAUGAUGGGAAGCUCGCGAGAUCUGGCGGUGGGGACGGUGGCCGUGGCUUCACUGCUGACGGCUUCCAUGCUCGGUAGCCAAGUCAGCGCCGCCGAGAAUCCCCAGCUGUACCUGCACCUGGCUUUCACGGCCACCUUCUUCGCCGGACUUUUCCAAGCUGCGCUUGGGCUCUUCAGGUUAGGGUUCAUCGUGGACUUUCUGUCGCAUGCGACGAUAGUAGGAUUCAUGGGCGGGGCAGCGACGGUGGUGAUCCUACAGCAGCUUAAAGGGAUACUAGGGCUGGACCAUUUUACCCACGCUACCGACCUUGUCUCCGUUAUGCGCUCCGUUUUUUCACAAACCCAUCAGUGGAGGUGGGAAAGUGCUCUGUUGGGUUUCUGCUUCCUCUUCUUUCUCCUCGUCACCAGACAAUUCAGCAAGAAACGACCAAAGUUCUUCUGGGUCUCGGCGCUGGCCCCGCUCACAUCAGUCAUCCUGGGAAGUCUUCUCGUUUAUUUCACCCACGCGGAAAAACAUGGCGUCCAAGUGAUAGGACAACUGAAGAAAGGACUCAAUCCGCUGUCGUUUGGUGAUCUGGUCUUCGUGUCACCUUAUCUGUCCACCGCCAUCAAGACCGGCAUCGUCACCGGUGUCAUUGCCCUCGCUGAAGGAAUCGCCGUUGGGAGGAGUUUCGCCAUGUUCAAGAAUUACCACAUUGAUGGCAACAAGGAGAUGAUCGCCAUUGGAACCAUGAACGUCGUCGGCUCCCUCACCUCCUGCUACCUCACCACAGGGCCGUUCUCGAGGUCGGCGGUGAACUUCAACGCUGGAUGCAAGACCGCGGUGUCGAACAUAGUGAUGGCGUUAGCCGUGAUGCUCACAUUGCUCUUCCUUACGCCCUUGUUCCACUACACUCCCCUCGUGGUGCUGUCCUCCAUCAUCAUCUCCGCGAUGCUCGGCCUCAUCGACGUCGAGGCCACCCUCCACCUCUGGAGCAUCGAUAAGUUUGACUUCCUCGUCUGCAUCAGCGCCUACGCUGGCGUCGUUUUCGCUAGCGUCGAGAUUGGAUUGGUCCUCGCCGUGGGGAUCUCUGUCCUACGAGUGCUUUUGUUUGUGGCGAGACCAAAAACAUUCAUCCUUGGGAACGUUUCCAAUUCGGGCAUCUAUAGAAAUGUUGAACAAUAUCCGAAUGCUGCGACGGUGCCCGGUGUCCUGGUGCUUGAGAUUGAUGCUCCGAUUUACUUUGCAAACUCCUCCUAUUUGAGGGAAAGGAUAGGGAGGUGGAUUGAUGAUGAAGAAGAAAGGUUGAAGAUUUCAGGGGAAGCCAGCCUCCAAUAUGUUAUUCUAGACAUGGGAGCUGUUGGGAACAUCGACACAAGUGGGAUUAGUAUGCUGGAGGAAGUGAAGAAGGUGACUGACAGAAGAGGGUUAAAGCUGGCGCUGGCAAACCCUGGAGCAGAGGUGACAAAGAAGCUUAACAAAGCCAAGUUCAUCGACAACCUUGGUCCAGAAUGGAUCUUUUUAACGGUAGGAGAAGCUGUGGGAGCUUGCAACUACAUGCUUCAUUCUUACAAACCUGCCGUCAACGACGAUCCUCACAAAGACGAAUCAGUUGUAUAA